GUAGGCUAUGUAUCACAUUGUGAAUUUUUCGGAAUGCAUUGAAGUUGAGUUGGUGCCAUCCAAUUGGGUAUCCAAUGGAGUGUGUGCUUGGCCACCAUAUAAAACUGGAGAUAUUCAUAAGGCUAUAAUAAAUAAAGAGCAGCCAAAAGAAAACUGGAAAUCAUUUAAGGUUGAAGUUAUGUACACGACAGAUAAUUACAGAACUGCAAGACUGAAGCUUCCAGUUGCCGAAAGACACUCAGAUUUGCAGACAGCAGAAGAUGAAGAAGACGAUGAAAUUCCAAAAAGGACAAAAAGAAGGAAAAUAGCAAACACAAGAUUUGAUAGUGAUAGCGACGGUGAUGUCUGUAGCAAACCCAAAAGCCAUCUACCUCCACCACCCAAGAUAACCCCUCCUCAAAAAUUUUCAAAAUCAACCACCAAGAUAUCUGCUGACCUUGGAGAACUUGGACGAAAUGCAAAAUCAAUGUGCAGGAUGCAUCAACCUGACAGUGUUCAGCUACAUUCUGAAUGUAGGUCCACUGAAUGUGGAAGAUGCACUCAAGAAAUGAAAAGCCUGAGAAAUUAUUACAAAAAUCAAAGUGCAUCUACAGUGGAAGAGCACCUAACCCCAGAGUGUGUGGAAAUUACAAAUACUGCAUUUAGACACUGGUCUACCUCACAACAAAAUGAUGGACCAAAUCAAGACAUUAAUGGCCGUAAGUGUUUUAUCUCAGUUUCUCUUUAAUAUAGCUGCCUCUGUGU